CAAACUGUUGAUGAGAUGAAGUGGGUCACCUUUAUUUCUCUUCUUUUCCUCUUCAGCUCUGCUCAUUCCAGGGAAAUCUUUCGUCGAGAUGCACCUAAGAGUGAGAUUGCCAAACAUUACAGAGAUUUGGGUGAAGACAAUCUGAAUGCCCUAAUGUUGAUCACAUUUGCUCAAUACCUCCAGAAAUGCCCAUAUGAACAUCACAAACAAUUAGUGGCUGAGGUUACAGCAGUCUGUGCUGCUGAUGAGACAGUAGAAAAUUGUGACAAAUCACUUCACAAAAUUUUUGGUGAUAAAUCAUGUACAAUGGAAAAUUUUCGGGAGAUGUAUGGAGAAAUGGCAGACUGUUGUGCCAAAGCGGAACCUGAGAGAAAUCAUUGUUUCCUGAGCCAUAAAGACGACCACCCGGACCUCCCUAAAAUAGUGAAACCUGAACCUGAAAGUCUGUGCCAAGCCGUCCAAGAGAAUGAAAAAAGAGUAAUGGGACAGUACCUGUAUGAGGUUGCCAGAAGACACCCCUACUUCUACGCCCCAACACUCCUUGUGUAUGCUCAUAAGUAUAAGGACACAGUGAACGAAUGUUGCCAGUCUGCUGAUAAAGCUUCAUGCCUCAAUGAAAAGCUCUCUGCCUUACAAGAAAAAGUAGUAGGUGAAGGUGCAAAACAGAGAUUUGUAUGUUCCACUUUAGAAAAGUUUGGAGAGAGAACUUUCAAGGCUGGAAUCGUAGGUGUGCUAAGUCAGAAAUUCCCUAAGAUUGAAUUUGCUGAUCUUCACAAAUUAGUGGAUGGUCUUGCCAAGACUCAUGCAGAAUGUUGCCAUGGUGAUCUGUUGGAGUGUGCUGAUGAUCGGGUGGCUCUUUCUGACUACAUCUGUAACAACAAAGAUGCAAUCUCCAGCAAACUGGGAAAAUGCUGUGACAAGCCUGUACUAGAGAAGAGCCAGUGCAUUAUUGAUUUGGAGAAUGAUGACAUUCCUGCUAACCUCCCUAACCUCCUUGCUGAAUAUGUAGAAACCAAGGAUGCUUGCCAAAACUACAAAGAAGCAAAAGAUGUCUACUUAGCCACCUAUUUGUAUGACGUUGCAAGAAGACACCCUGAACUGGCUACUAGCACACUGCUAAGGGUUGCCAAGCAGUAUGAAAACACCCUUGAAGAGUGCUGUGUCACUGCUGAUCCUCCUGCUUGCUAUGCCAAAGUGACUGAACAACAGAAAGCUAUUGUUGAUGAGAGCAACCAAUUAGUCAAGGAAAGAUGUGAUGUUUUUGAAAAAGUUGGAGAAUACUUUUUUGAAAAUAUAGCGCUGGUCAAUUAUGCCAAGAAAGUACCACAAUUGUCAACCCCAACAUUGCUUGGCCUUGCACAUGACUUUGGAAAAAUUUCUGCUAAAUGCUGUAAACUCAGUGACCAAGAAAAAACAGCCUGUGCUGAGGACUAUGCGGGUCUUGUAUUUGACAAGCUUUGUCGCCAGCAUGAGAAGACACCAGUGAGUGAGAGAGUCACCAAAUGCUGCACAGACUCCUUGGCAAACCGCAGGACCUGCUUCACUGCCUUGGGAGAUGAUGACACAUAUCAACCCAAGCCAUUUUCUGCAGAAACAUUCACCUUCCAUGCUGACCUGUGCACGCUUCCUGAAGAAGAGAAACAGAAGAAGAAGCAAAGCAUACUGGUGGAAGUUGUGAAACACAAGCCCAGGAUCACUGAUGACCAGAUCAAGGGUGUCAUUACUGAUUUCAGAGCAUUUGUGGAGAAGUGCUGCAAAGAUGCCAACCAGGAAGCCUGCUUUGCUGCAGAUGGUCCCAAACUGGUUGCUUCAGUUCAAGCUGCCUUAGCUUAAACAAGAGAUGGACAAGCUCUUACUAGCAUUUCAGUUGGCCAUAGGAAGAAAACAGAAAUGAAAAUGAGGACCCAAAAUUCACCCAUCUGAUUUGUUUCUCUGUUGGUGUCAAACCAAUAGAUUUAUGAAAACAUCAAUUUUGCCUGAAAUUUUUUUCCUUUCCCAGUGUUGCAAUGAAUAAUAAAGAAAGACAUAAUAAUCUCG